AUGCACGAGUUCAUCACACGAUUCAGAUUAUUGGCUACGACACGGUGGUGGCUACUGGUCGCCGCAGCAUCGUCGUUGGCAGCGGCGGCUGCCUCCGGAUCGUCGGACCCGAUCGGCCUGGCCAACUGCCCGGCGAGCUGCGGGGACGUGCGCGUGCCGUACCCGUUCGGCAUCGGCCGCGAGGAGUGCCACCUCAAGGGGUUCGGCCUCACCUGCAACACCAGCUACUCGCCGCCGCGGCUGUUCCUCGGCAACGGCACCCUCGAGGUCGUGGCCAUCUCCCUCGCCAACGCCACCAUGCGCGUCCUCGGCCCGCAGGGGGUCACCGACAUGUCGGGGUCCGUGUGGAACGGCUACGGCACCAACGGCACCUGGGGCGGCCCCGGGUGGGGUCUCCGGGACGACGCGCCCUACAUCCUGUCGGACGAGCACAACGAGCUCGUCCUCAUCGGGUGCCACCUCUACGUGGAACUGCUCGUCGCCGGCGGGGGCGACGACGACGAGCUGGUGAUCAACAGCUGCGUCUCGACCUGCUCCCGUAAGUUGCUGGUCCCGGACGACAAGUGCUUCGAGCGGGAGACGAACGGCAGCCGCCGCAGGUGCACCGGCAUCGGCUGCUGCCAGGUGCCCAUCCCCAUCGGGCGCAUUGCGUACGACUGGCGGCUGAGGACCAUCCACAAGCCUGAACUGGAGACGUACGAGCUCUACUCUCUCUUCAUCGCUGAGGUAGGCUGGUACCAGCCCUACGGCGAUGAACCCGAGGAAUACGCGGAGAUGCCGGCCGUCCUGAAAUGGGCGGUCACGUCCGACGUGGUGCCCUUCAACGAGAGCCGCGACGGGGACGCGACGUGCCCCACAGACCUAGGCACCACCACAUGCCACAGCCGCAACAGCACAUGCACCAACCUCUACAGCCUGUUCCGCCCCUUCGGCAUAUACAACGACAGUUACACCUGCCGAUGCUGGGAAGGCUACCAAGGAAACCCUUACCUUCCCGACGACGGGUGCCAAGACAUUGAUGAGUGCGCGCUUCCAAAUAAGUGCUAUGGCCAUUGCACGAAUAUACCCGGAAGCUAUAUAUGUGAAUGUCCGCAAGGAAGCCGCGGCAAUGCAAGCAUUCCAAAUGGCUGCGUCGUUUAUCUUUCGCAAGCAUCACAUCGUUUAAGCAUUGGCCUAGGAGUUGGAAGUUUUGCACUGCUCCUCCUCCUAUUCCUUGGAACCACACUUCUAAUGCAUAAGCUCACAGCGCGGAAGAAGAAAUGGCAGAGACAAAGAUUCUUCAAUCAAAAUCGUGGGCAACUGCUACAACAAUUAGUUGCUCACAGGACGGACAUAGCUGAAAGAAUGAUUAUUACUUUGGAAGAGUUGGAGAAAGCCACUAACAACUUUGACAAAUCUCGUGAGCUUGGGAGUGGAGGGCAUGGUACAGUCUACAAGGGCAUUUUAACAAGUCAACACGUCGUGGCAAUUAAAAAAUCAAAGAUAGUGAUACAAAGAGAGAUUGACCAUUUCAUAAAUGAGGUUGCUAUCCUUUCUCAGAUAAACAAUAGAAAUAUAGUGAAGCUUUUCGGAUGUUGUCUUGAAACAGAGGUUCCUCUACUUGUUUAUGAGUUCAUUUCCAAUGGUACACUUUCCAGUCAUCUUCAUAUUGAAGAACCAAUGUCAAUAUCGUGGAAAGAUAGAUUGAGGAUCGCAGUUGAAAUCGCCAAGGCUAUCGCAUAUCUUCACUCACUCGUUUCAAUGCCAAUAAUCCAUAGAGAUAUCAAGUCUCCUAAUAUACUUUUAGAUGAGAAUUUAAAUGUGAAAUUGUCAGAUUUUGGAGCUUCAAGGUAUGUUCCAAUUGAUCAAACAGGAGUGGAUACUACCGUCCAAGGAACAUAUGGGUACUUGGACCCUAUGUAUUAUAGCACUGGACACCUCACUGAGAAGAGUGAUGUCUAUAGCUUUGGUGUGGUUCUUAUUGAGUUGCUUACCAAAAAGAAGCCUGUGUCAUAUAGAUCAUCUCAAGGUAUUGGUCUUGUAAGUCAUUUUGUUACUCUACUCUCAGAAGGAAACUUAACUCAUAUAUUAGAUCCACAAGUCACACGAGAGGGAGAUGGAGAAGUUGUUGAUAUUGCUUUAUUAGCAGCAAUAUGCGUGAAGUUCACAAGUACAGACCGACCAACAAUGAGACAGGUCGAGAUGACUCUUGAAGGAAUCCAUUCAGCAAAGGAUUUUGAUUCCAGUGGAGAGACAGAUGAUGAGGAAGAUUUUAUUCGGGUGAAUGAUCCAUCUUUUGGAGUUACAGAUAUGGAAGCUAUGAGCUUGGAUAUUAUAUAG